GGUUAAAAACAUGUCGCUAUCCGCAACUUUCUAGUGUCUAUUUGUACAUGUUUGUUUUGUUUGUUUGUAUGUAUAAUGUCAGCGAGUGGGCUAGAUACGGAAAUUAACAGUGGGUUUGAUAAGUCUUUGAGCAUGUAUCUGCAUUCACUGGACAUCAGCAAUAUUGACGUCGACAUGGUUACAAUAUCAGAUUACAGACAUGACUUUGAGAAAGCAAUGAAGAGAAAGCUCACGAAAAACGAAAGGAAAGUUUUUCGCCUCAGGAUUGAUGAUUGGUAUUACGAGAAGAUCACGGCAGGAACACUAGGUCGGAGUGCCGAAAUGGCUAUACCACUGUCACCAGGAAAACUGGACUAUAGUUUUGGUGAUGAUGAGGAAUCAGUGAUUAAGAUGUGGACCACAGCACCAUGCAGUAGCAGCGCUAGUGCAGAUGCCCUGUCAGCUGGCAUGAGCAAUAAUCAAGACAGCCAACACACAGCUUCUGAGAACGACGUUCAAUCUGUAUCUACCUCCUGUAAUCACACUGUAACCUCUCAGGAAAACACUACUCAAUUCAUGCCACCAGCUGACAACCAAGCUUGUGCAUCACAAGCAACUCAAGGUGUUUCUAACAGUCAUUUGCCAGAUCCUUGUGUGGCGAUGAGAGCCAGUUGUGAACGCUUCUUUAAUCCCCUGUCUUCGUUAUCGGUGGCAGCACCCGUCGCACCGUCGUCACGGCAAGAUGAUAAACAAUCGCGUUCAGCUGCAGUAUCGACACAAGAAACGGCCCUGUCCUCGAAUCUUCACAGUGUUCAUCAUGAGAUGCUGUUGGACAGUGGUGCGCAUGAAGUAACUCAGCAAUCACGGGUACAUGAGGUUGUAUCACUCGAUGAUCGUCAGCCUGGGAUCGAGCAAUCUAACGAUGGGCAUCACGCUAAGCUGGCUCGUGUGGAUUGUGCCAGUCUACGGGAAACAGCAACAGGCGAUCAUGGGGCAGCACUGAUUAACUCAACAAAGACGCCUGCCUGCCUUGAAAAUGGGACUAUACGAAAACAGACUGAACCGUCAGAAUUUGUCAAGAGGAGGAGGAUGGCAACAAAAACAGAAAAGGAUUCAGUAUUGAUGAAAUGCAAAGGAUGGUCUAUCAUGGACGAACCAAGUGGUGGCAGUGUUCUGCUAGAAUGCAAUAGUUGUGGAGAUUUCAUUCAGGCACGUCUUUUCGAGAAGCACAUUGCAGAGUGUGUUGUGGAUAUCACGUCCAUCGUCAACCACUCGUCACGCGAAAUCUCCGCAAACCAACAGGUGGCCAAAAUGUCCGAGAUCUCGGGGUGGGGUGCUCGUUCUGGUGGUGAUGCAGUGCGGUGCGAGGGACAACAAGUGGUGACAAUAGACGAGACAGUGCCACCUCCCACGGCUCUCCUCUCUCCCUCAUCCCAGAGCGUGUGUGUCGAGCGACAAGGCGUGGGAGGAGCAAAGUCGCAGCUCGGACAUGAGCCAGAGCAAGGCAGCGUCGUGCGAGCAUCCCUCGUGUGUCCGCUCUGUGGCGGCUUCGUGGAAUCUCUCGAUUGCCUCGACAAGCACGCUGGCCAGUGUACAAACAGACCAGCACAACACAUGUGGGAAGCUGCUACCAAGCUGCUGGAUCAAAGUGAUUAGCUGCAAUGAUAGUUCCAUUUGUUGCAGUAAUUGCAAGGCAAGUGCAAGUUAUGAUCAGUAGGGGUAGCUACACUGGUGCCUGUGUUUGUGUGAGACUUAUUUGAUCACCAAAGCUAUAUAUAAGGAUGGCUGUGUUACUAUGGCAGAGCUGUAGUCAGUGUGGUUACCUAUACUGAUGGCUGUGGUGGUAUAGCAGUGUUAUGGUUAGUAUGAUUAGUUUUUAGUAGCUGCAUUGGUAUAGAAGGGCCGUGAUGAGUAAAAAAUGUAAUUGUACAAAUGUUCUUUAAUAUCAAAUAUUGUUUAGUAUUUGCGUAUGCUUUUUUGUUCACGUUAUUAAAUGUAAAAAUAUAGUAAAACUGUUAACAUGCUAUCAUGUACUGUACUACACAAUACUAUUCUAUAUUAUAUAUAUAUAUGCAUGGUGUGUGCGUGUGUGUGUGCGUGCGUACGUGCGUGCGUGUGUAGAAGUAGUUGUUUGCAAUCGCACUGUUUCCAUACUAUCAAGCUAUCCACACACCCAGACGCUCUUAUAGAAACAAAUGGAUCGGCAAAUGGCAAUGUGUAGUUGCUGAUGUACAUGGUUGUCAUGCAUCAACCACCUAGAUGCUCAUGUGUAAAGUCCCUAACGGCAACUGCAGAAAAAACAUUGCAGUGUUUAGUGUUAUUAAACGAAAAAGUCAUUUUUACAUCAUGUAUGAACUGUUUUCUUUGGUAUAAAAAAAUCGUGAUAGUGA